AUGAGUUUUCCCUUCCACAUCGCUGAACAUGUUAUCGACGGGCAGUACAUUCGAGAAUAUCCCCGAGCCACAGCCACUCCCGACGCCCCCUUGAAGCUUUGUAUCAAGCAAUAUACCCCGGAAUUAUAUGAGCCUCUUUGGGAAGAGCUGCUAGCCCACUCCAAACAGGAUGGAGUUUGUUCAAUUUGGAUAGCGGAUGCCGCCAACCAGGGCGCCAGUGGUAUCAUUAACGAGAAAAAUCUCGGAAAUGACCCUUCCUGGUAUGACCAUAGCCGCGAUGUGAUCCAUAUGAUCAAUCAUUUUCGCGAUCAGAUGCCACGACCUAUUAUGGGCGUGGGGUCUUUGCCUCUGAUACAUCCCCGGCUCUUCGCUUCUUUAGUACUAAUUGAGCCGCAUAUUACCGACAACCCCUUGGCCGGGGACGGUCCGUUGUUCGUGGCUAUGUCGACUAAAAAGCGCGACGUGUGGCCUUCUCGUGAAGCCGCCGCCAUACAGUAUCGCAAUCUUCUCAAAGCGUGGAACCCGCGCGUGUUCCAGCUCUGGAAAGAGUUCGGAUAUCGCGCACUGCCCACGGCGGUUUAUCCAGAAGGACCGACAGAUGGCUCUUGCCCGGUGACCUUGACCACGACCAAACACGAAGAAAACAAUAACCAGGCUUACACGGACCCCAAGUCCAGCGAGGCCCGCCCACCGCAUGACCCGCUGUUGGUUCCUGACAUGCUGGGUCCAUUACGUCCGGGUCAGCGAUCCUAUCAUCCAGAAUCGAUCUUGGCAUAUAAAUUGGUACCGCAUAUUCGGCCUUCAGUGCUUUACGUGAGUGCCUCGCACAGUCCACUCGGCAAGGGAGGCGAGCACGCAGAUACCGCGAAGCGGACAGGAACUGGGUUUGGCGGCAGUGGUGGUAUGGAAGCUGGCCGUGUGCCGUAUGUGAUGAUCCAGAAGGCAGGCCAUACUCUGCCGCAGGAAAAGGUGGCGUAUACUGCGCAAACCAUGGGUCCAUGGAUCAAGCAAGAGCUUCAGCGUUGGCAGCAGGAUGAGGCUCGGAUUGCUGAGGGAUGGAAAGAGCGCCCUACGAGUGAGAAAUCUAGCUUUCCGUCGGAAUGGAAAGAAGUUAUCAAGAGUCUGCAUCUUCCGAAGAGACAGGCUAAGAUCUAG